UUUGGGAUUCAGUUCCCUCUCGUUGUUUCUACCGUUGACAUGUAUGGUAGUAGGCAAAAUUGAGGUGAGAAACAAGAAUAUGAACCUUGUCACAGCUCUCUUGCUGGGCUUCGUCGUCCAUGAAGCGCAAGGUUUAUUCUUUAACUUCCCAACACCCGAGGGGGUGCGCGUCAAGCCAGGUCGAUGUACAUGGUCAGCGUUAUUAAGCUGUAAUGAUCCGGCGGGUAUUUACAACAGUUGCGUCAAAGACGACGAUUGCCCUAGAACAGACAAAUGCUGUGUUUAUAAGUGCCGGAAGUUCUACUGCGCACACUCGAUACCACCAAAAACAGAUCCCUGCAGGACUAAAAACUGUACGGCUCAGGGAGAAUUGUGCGUUGUGGACAAAAACAACAGGCCUCGGUGCGAGUGUCCUUUAAUGUGUCCAAGGGCAAUAAAAGCACAGAGAGUUUGUGGUUCAGAUGGUUUUGCGUAUGAUAGUACAUGUGAUCUACACAGAACUGCGUGUAGUAUAGGAAUUGAGAUCAAACCAUUGUACCGAGGAGAAUGCGGGAAUCCGAUUACAGAUGUCACAACUACGACAAUGGCAACAGAACCGCAAGAAAUGUCAAAUACUCCCACACCUGCUGCGACCUAUACUCCAACUGCUACCUCCAAUCCAACUAGUGGAGCACUACCUCAAAGAUGCUUGAAACCAAGAGAAGUGGGAUCAUGCGCACAACGUAGUUUUGAAGUCAGAUGGUACUACGAACAUUCAACGAGGAAAUGCAAGUAUUUUGUGUAUCAAGGUUGCCAAGAUGCAGACGUCGAGGAAGAAAAUAACUUCAUUUCGGUAGAAAAGUGUAUAUCGGUGUGCAAAGAGGCGGAUGUCAAUGWCGCCUCCUGCCCAGCGAUAAACCAACCAAGUGAAUGUCCACCAGAUGUUGUUGAUCAGUGCUCAAGCGAUCAMGAUUGCCAAAUGGGCUUAAUAUGCUGCUCAGAAGGAUGUUAUCGAAAAUGCGUUCAACCUCAAAAACAAGUUAAAGCUGGGACAUGUCCUAAAUCAAGUAAUAUCGGCGAUUGUGAAGAUUUGCAAAGACAAGACGAUUGUGCUGAUGAUUACGACUGCAGAUCGAACUUGAAAUGUUGCCAGGCUCCAUGUGGAAAAAGAUGCGUUCGGCCUGCUGAAAGAAAACAACGAUGUACAACAGUCUUGGAUUUAGCGUUCCUGAUCGAUUCUUCUGGAAGCAUUCGAGGAAGCCAAUGGCGUUCGAUGCUGGAAUUCGUUGAAAACAUCAUCGGGAGUCUCCAGCUAUCGCCUCAAGGGAGUCACGUGGCAGUGAUCUCAUACUCAAAUAUCCCAUUUGUUCAGUUUAAAUUCAAUACUUUUACUGGAAACGAGCUGACCCACGCGAGGAUUAAUAGAGCCAUUGAUAGUAUAUAUCAUAGAAGAGGUUUCACGUAUAUAGACAAGGCUUUAAAAUUAGCCAACACAGAUAUAUUUACCAAAGCUUCAGGGAUGAGAGAUGAAGCAAAAAAAGUUUUAUUUGUUCUGACCGAUGGCUUCCAAACAAAACGAGGGAAAUGGACUCCUUUGGACAAAGCAUCGCAACCGCUGAAAAACAAAGGUGUUGAAAUAUGGGUUGUAGGAAUAGGACAAGCUGUGAACGCGGCAGAAUUGAUUCAAAUGGCUUCCAAGCCAUCAAAUGCUAUUGUUGUUAAAUCAUUUGAUGAUCUUCCUUCUAUAAGAGCGAAACUACGUGCAAACAUUUGCAAAGCUCCUGAGCCAACCAAAUGCCAAACACAACAUCAAAAUGCCAAGAGAAAUACUGCACACGAUGUAUACAUUCCACAGUGCAAAGGCGAUGGCAGUUUUGAAACCAUUCAGUGCCAUAAACGAGAAUGUUUUUGUGUGGAUAACGAGGGUGUUGAGGUCUACGGUACGCGAACACGUAUUGAGGCAGGAGAGCCACAGUGUGAUUCUGCAGUUCCAAAUGCAACGCCAUGUCAAAUUGCAUACAGACAAGCUAUCGAUAAUCACGUGUUUGGUGCUCAUAUMCCAAGAUGCAAGAGUGAUGGGCGAUAUGAGGAAAUCCAAUGCGAAGGGAGGACUGGAUACUGUUGGUGCGUUGAUGAUAGAGGACAAGAAGUGCUUGGGAYAMGRACAAGAMGGASUCUGUCUUGCCCUCAUCCGGAUGCCAAACCAACGUCUUGCAUAAAACGUUACUUGGAAAGACUUCGUAGCUCAGAACCUGGAGACUACAUCCCAUCAUGCAAUGCUGAUGGGAGCUACCGCUGGCUACAAUGCCACAGUACGUAYUGUUUCUGUGUUGAUGCCGACGGUAACGAACUAGCAGCGACAAGAGUUGAUAACGAUGCUGGAAGACCAAAAUGCACMGAGCAAGGUGGAAUGCUAACACCCUGUCAGCAGCGCUACCAACGAAUAAUGAGUCAACCCAAUCCCUGGUCAUAUCUCUAUGCUCCAAGGUGUCGAGAUGAUGGUAGCUUUGAGAACAUCCAGUGUGUCGGCGAGCAGUGCUCGUGCGUGGAUCGUUUUGGAAACGGAAUACCUCAGACAAGAACCACAAAGACGUUGCAGUGUCCAAGGCUUGGUGGUAUAGUCCCAAAAUGUUGGCAACAAUACCAGGAUGCAAUGCGCAAAUACGUACCUGGGAGAUUCGUACCACGUUGUCAAGGUAAUGGUCAAUUCAGUCCACUACAAUGCCAUGGGUCAUACUGUUACUGUGUCAAUCAAGAAGGACAGGAACGCAAGGGAACCAGGACUUAUGUGUACACAGGAAGACCGAAAUGUACCCUCAAAGAAGGCAGUCUAACCAAGUGUCAACUGCGUUUCUUGGCGGCUGUCAACAAUCCAAGGCUUCCAGUCCCUCGCUGUACUCGUAAUGGAGCCUAUGAACCAAUACAAUGCGACACGAAUGGCAAACAGUGCUGGUGUGUAUCACCCAACGGAGAUGAAAUCUCAAACACAAGAACACACAGCAAAGACAUUAAAUGUGCAAAUAUUGGUUCGAGCGGCCCUGCUAUCGACCUCGCUUUCGUAAUGGACUCCGCGUUGCACCCCGAAAAUUCAGACUUUGCCAAAUCGGUUGUCCGAAGGAUGAAAGUUUCUGCGCAUGGCGCCCAUUUUGGGUUUAUCUCUUAUGCAGACACCGCUGACCUAGCAUUUAAGUUCAAUGCAUUAAGCGGCUCAGGAUACACGCAAAGUGCUGUCAACAGCUUGAUUGAUGGUGUUGGGACACUUGGAGGAUCAGGACGAAGAGUGGACCUCGCGUUGGACUUGGCUUACCGGACUUUGUUUACAUCACAGGGGGGAAUGAGGAAGAACUCAAAAAAGAUAUUGGUAUACUACAUUCAGGACCCUAUCGCUACUCCUCAAAUUGCAGCCGCAGUAACCAGAUUGAGAACACAGCUAACGAAUGCUGGCGUAAAUCUUGUGGGUAUGGAGGUCAUACCAGGCAAAGAUGAGCCCUUCCCGGCAUUAUUUAACCUAAUAUCGCAAGACUACAACUGCUAUAAGUCCUACCUGAAAGCAAUUCAAGAAUAUACUCCAGGAGCCUAUAUCCCCCGCUGUCGACGAGAUGGAAGCCAUGAAAUCAUGCAAUGCAUGGGGCAAUUCUGUUACUGUGUUAACAAAGCCGGUGUAGAAACGCCAGGAACGCGUCUGAACGUUAGAUAUGGUACCCCACACUGCCUGCAUUUGAGGCCCGGAGAAUCGUGCGAGGGACGAUGUGCAACAGGGACAUCCCCAGACCGGCCAACACUCACAGAAUGUCAAAAACGUCGACUGUCAGGGGUAGGGUCAUACGUACCAAACUGCAAACAAGACGGGUCGUACGAGGAAAUUCAAUGUAAUCCAGUCACAAAACACUGCUGGUGUGUCGACAGCAAAGGCAAAGAAAUCAUGGGAACUAAAGUAGGAAAUAGAAACGGUGGAAAAUCUUACAUUCGCUGCGCUCCAAGUGAUUCUCCACUAACUGCCUGCCAACUUCAUUAUCAAAAGUCCAUGAGAAACCGAGACCAGUCGACAUAUGUCCCACGCUGUACACCAGAAGGUCAAUACAUGACAACACAAUGUCUGGGAUCUGAAUGUUUCUGUGUGGACUCAUCUGGCAGAAGAAUUAGUGGAACAUCAGUGAAAAUAACAGAAGGAAAACCAAACUGCGACAGUGUUGUUCACAAAAGACCUUUAGACCUUGCCAUCCUGGUAGACACUUCUGGACAGAUCUCCACCGAUCAAUGGCAUAUCGUUCUCAAGUUCAUAAGGACAGUGGUUAGUGGUUUCAAGGUCUCCCUUCAUGGCACCCAUGUUGCGCUAGUACCCUUCAGUACCACGCCCAAGACUAGCUAUACCUUUAACACACCUACCCUCUACACAAAGCACGAACUUAACACAUAUAUUGGAUGGCUGAAGCAAGACCCAGGGGCGAGAGAUCUAGGCGCUGCAUUAAGGCAUGCUGAUACUUCAGUGUUUCAAGAAUUUAAUGGAAUGCGAGCCAAUGCCAGAAAGGUGAUUCUGACCAUUCUUAUUGGCAAUAAUAACGUAGGCUCGAUUCCAUUAAAUGACAUUACAGCCCGGCUAGAGAGGCGUGGAAUAAGCCUGUAUUCUAUUGGUAUGACGGGUAUGACAAGAGAUCUACGACAAGUCGCUUCACGCCCUGAAUACACUAGAGAAACUACAAUAAGCAGACUUGAAGCACAGGCACCUUACUACAUUAACUUGAUAAGGCAGGGACUUAUUCCUUUAAUGGACGUCGCAUUUCUCGUUGACUCCUCCAACUCAGCAAACUGGGCAAGAUCAAUCGACUUCGUGAAAAGCCUACUAAAACGAUUCUACAUCCACUACGAUGGUACUCACGUUGGAUUCAUGUCAUACAGCACCUCCCCAUCGAUGGGAUUUGCCUUCAACGCCCUCAAUGGCAGCGCUUACACUCGUGAAGGCAUAAACGGCCUUAUCGACAGGGUGACCCGACAAGUUGGUGCCACUAGAGCGAUUGAUUCAGCAUUGGUAAUGGCGGACAGGGAUCUGUUCAGUUUAUCAGGGGGAGUCAGAACUGGUGCAAGACAGAUUCUCAUUGUUAUUUCAAGCGGUCCAUGGACAUAUCAACCCCAAAGUCUACAAACGGCCUUAAGAAGCCUUAGGAAAAGCGGAGUUAAUUUGUACUCAGUAGGGGUAGGGUCAGUAGAUCCAACUCUUCACUUCAAGUUAAUCAAAGAUGAAAGUCGAUUCUUCAGCAUUCCGUAUUAUGAUGACCUUGGAGACCUGGUACCGAGACUUGCGCAUGCCAUCAAACAAGAAAAACGAAUUCAAACGUGUCAAAAGGACAACCAGGAAACCAGUGGAUCCAUCCAGCGAGGUGCGCAUGUCCCUAAGUGCAAACCCUCUGGACAUUACGAAGAGGUUCAGUGUGAUUCAUCGUCCAAACAGUGCUGGUGUGUUGAUCCUAAUGGUAAUGAGAUUCCAGGAACACGAAUGAAUGGUGCAAUAUCGUGUCCACGUAUUGAAAAGCGUGUUAGUCACUGUCGACUGGAUUACCAGGAAAAGACCAGGAACUGGUUACUAGACACACGGCAUGUUCCUUGGUGUGAUGGAAAUGGUGUCUAUCUACCUCGACAAUGUUAUAAAGAUUACUGCUACUGUGUCAACAAACAAGGUGUUUACGUUGGGAAAUAUGUUGAUGUUUCAAGGGGGAAAGUCACGUGCGAGCCGCAAGGGCGAACAGAAUGCAAUUUGCAAAGAUUCAAUGCACUGAGAAACGGUCCAAGAUCAUUCGUUCCUAAAUGCAAAGAGGAUGGGCAUUAUAACGAGGUUCAGUGUCACAACUCGUACUGUUUCUGCGUGGAUAGAAAAGGCAGAGAACUAACAAAUACUAGAGUGGCUAUAGGGAAAGGGCAGCCUGACUGCAAAUCAUUUGAUUCUAAGCUUGGACCUUGUCUCAAGCAAGUUCAGCGUAACAUUGUGUCUGGAAUGGGUCACGUGCCGAAAUGUCUUCCAUGCGGAUCGUAUGAGCCAGUCCAGUGUGAUCCAUCUAGUCAUGAGUGUUGGUGUGUGGAUGAUCAAGGCAAGGAGCUCACAUCUACCCGCUCCAAAGAAUUCGUCCUCUGUCAAGGCAAAACAGUUCUCUCCAACUGCGAGAGGCAAUAUCAAGAAAACUGGAGAAACAGCAAGCAAACACGCUACGUUCCUCGAUGUACAGAGGACGGCAAAUUCAAACCAGUACAGUCACACAGUGGUAUUAUGUUCUGUGUGGAUCGUAAUGGUAUUGCAAGACGAGGACUUGAAGUAUAUGCACAGAUAGACGGGAAAGUUACAUGCGAAAACAUAGACAAACCAGAAACAAUGUGUCAGACAGAAAGACGAAAGGCUUUGCUAAGUAGAGAUGAGGUAAAAAUCCCACACUGCCGACCGGAUGGGUCGUACAGCCCUGUACAAUGUGACAAACAGACAGAUGAAUGCUGGUGUGGUGACGAUAAGGGUAUCGAGAUACCAGGGACCCGAACAACUGGUGUUGUAAGAUGUCCCCGAGAUGAUAAGCACAGCCCUUGCGAGAAGCAGUUUAUGCAUAGGUUUGGCCCAGCCUUAAACUUAUGGAGUCACCCUUCACCUAUGUGUAACUUUGAUGGCAGCUAUAGACCCGUUCAAUGCUGCGCAAAGAGUGGAUACUGCUGGUGUGUUAAUAAAAACGGUGUGCCCCAUCUUUGGUCUAUGACAAGAGGAAUACCAAUAUGCCAAAACCCGAAACCUUACAUGCCUUGCGUAGCACACAGAGAAAGGGUUCUAGGGCUGACUGGUGUAGCUCCUAUUGGUGCCUAUGUCCCAAAAUGUGCGCCAGACGGAAGCUAUUCGACAAUACAGUGUUCGGGAAGUACUGGAUUUUGCUGGUGUGUGGACGAAGAUGGACACGAGAGAGCUGGAACUAGACAAAGAGGACGUCCUGAUUGCACACAAGCUCCGUCAAUCGUCGAGAAAAAACUUGACCUGGCUUUUCUAUUCGACAAUUCUGAUAGCAUUACAAGCCCUACCUUCAAAAAUAUGACAAAUUUCGCUAAAGAUUUGGUUGGACGGUUGAAUGUUGGUGAAGGGAAAGUCCAUGUUGCCGCAGCAACAUACAUCAGUCCGCCAAAAGUAUUCUUCACGUUUAGUAACCCACUCACCGGAUUCCAAAGAACAGUACCAAAUGUUAUUAAUUUAUUGAACAAAAUUAAACUUGCGCAACCUGGCACUCCCGUGAAGAAUCCUGGUUUAGGAUUACAGGCUGUUGAACGUGAGAUAUUUAGCAAAGCUGGAGGACAAAGAGACGACAAAAACACUGUUAAGGCUUUGGUCGUAUUCAUUGGCAAAAAGCCAUCCGAUGAUAAAGAAACCAUUAAACAAGCUGCUCAGAGCCUCAAGAACAAAGGUGUCAAGAUUUACGUUGUGGGGAUUGGGGCAUACGAUGAAGAAGCAGCUAAAGAGAUUGCUGCUCCAAGCAAAAUAUAUCCAGAGGAAAACUGGACAGAAGUUGAAGAAGAAAUUGUGAAGUCUGUCAAAACUCCUGGUGUUGUGGUACCUGUCACUCCUACCCCUGUAUUUCCAAGUGCUGAAGAAAGAACCAAGUGCCGUAUACAAGUCGAGGCAGCGCUGAAAAAAGAGUUUAAAAAGAAUGAUUUUGUACCUCGAUGUAAGAAAGACGGAUCGUUUGAGGAAGUACAGUGUAGUGAAUGGAGGGGAGAAUGUUGGUGUGUUAACAUCAAUGGUGCAGAGAUCGAGGGUUCACGUUCCAAGGAGCUCGUAACGUGUUCUUCACAAGGAGAUGUUUUGACUGACUGUCAAAGAGAAUUCCAGCGCUCUGAGAAUAACAGAAUGAUCCCAGAUCGUUUCGUUCCUCGGUGCACGCCAGAUGGUCGCUACGAGAAGGUCCAAUGUGAAUCAGCGACAUGUUACUGUGUGAAUAAAAAUGGACAUGAGAUUCAAGGAACAAGAGCAACUUUACCUGAUGCUCCUGAUUGCGAUGACAUCGACGAGAAGCCAACCGUAUGUGAACACAAAUCCCAGGUUGCCUUAGCUAAUGCAGCCCCAGGAGCCUUUAUUCCCCAGUGCACUCCAAACGGAGGUUAUGACGAAGUACAGUGUCGAGGUUCCGUUUGCUAUUGUGUCAACAAACACGGAGAAGAGAUACAGGGAUCCCAAUUACCUAUUUCAGCUGGAAGACCGAAAUGUGAUAAUCCAGGAGCACGUCUAAAACCCUGUCAACGGAUUUACCAAGAAAACUGGAAGUCUCCUGCUAGAGGGCGAUACGUUCCUCGUUGCCAAGACAAUGGGGACUACAGUCCUGUGCAAUGCCAUGGUCCUUACUGCUUCUGUGUGGAUGAUAAUGGAUUUGAAAUACGAGGAACCAAAACGUUACAAACUGAAUGGCCUAACGCAUUUGAUGGAAUGUGUCAGAACAGGGAAAAACCUCUGACACAUUGCGAGGAAACUCUUCGUGACCUCACCUUUAAAUCACCCAAAGACUGGAAAGAUCCCGUCUGCAUCAGGGGGGAGUACAGAGCAUACCAAUGUGAUCAGGAUGCUGGAGUCUGCUGGUGUGCUGAUGAUAGCGGAGAGGAGAGACCUGGAACGAGGCAGAAGGGAGGCGUCAUAAAGUGUCCACGAGAUCCUGACGGGAAAUUAGUUUCUUACCCUGCGUGCCCGACAAUGGUUCUCCAAGAUGUAGGAUAUUUUUCCGUCUUUAUUCCUCAAUGCCAAGGAAUGAAUUUCCAAAAGGUUCAGUGUGACUACAGAAAUGGCUAUUGUUGGUGCUCCGACAAGUUUGGACACGGACAAACAUGGACAACUAGAAGAGGAAAACCUGAUUGCGAUAAAAUCACUUCGCCGAGUAAAUGUCAUCAACAUGCAAUGAGGUUCCGUGGUUUUACUGGAGUUAGUCCUCCUGGACACUAUGUACCCAAAUGCCGUCCAGACGGAUCGUACAAUCCAGUUCAGUGCGAGGGUUCUUCUUCAUUAUGUUGGUGUGUUGAUGAGAAUGGCAAUGAAGUCGAUGGAUCUCGUGAAUUUGGGCAGCCAAAGUGCAAAGAGAUCAAGUCUUUGGGAAAGCCUAGCGGCAUACAACCAGCAAUGACACCAUGUCACCAAGCUAGGCAAAAAGCCCUCGGACCAUCAGGCAUUGCGCCUCCUGGCGCAUAUGUUCCCAAGUGCAACCAUGAUGGAAGCUACAGUACAAUUCAGUGUCAUGUAGCAUCAGGAAGAUGCUGGUGUGUGGAUCAAAACGGUCUCUUACAGCAUGGUACCAUCAAACAAGGAGCACCAACAUGUGGGAAAACAGCUCCGCUUACUGACUGUCAGCGAGACCGAAUGGAAGCUCUAGCUUGGUCAGGACAGCUCGUGGUUGGAGCUUUUGUUCCACGGUGUCAAGAUGAUGGGAGUUUCGAGCCAGUUCAGUGUCUCCAAUCUCCUGGACAGUGCUGGUGUGUUGACGUCAAUGGUAACGAAUUGGCAGGAACUAGAGAUUUUGGCCAGGUUACGUGCUCAUCACGUGUCGGUAGAACGGUCUGUCAAAAAGAAGAGGAAGAGGUCCUGGAGGCUGGCGCUAUUGUGCAGAGAACGUGUGACAAAACCGGUCGAUUUGACAGAGUGCAGUGCAACAGUCCUACAAACCCUGAAUUCUGCUGGUGUGUUGAUCGUUAUGGCAAAGAAAUACCACGAAGCAGAUUACGAGGACCCAAGAAACCGCAAUGUGACUCGCAAUCCGGUCUGACUGAGUGCCAGCUCGAACGUCAGAGACUUCUUGGAUGGUCAGAUGUUGCACCGCCUGGUAGCAUGGUACCACAGUGUGAAGCCGAUGGAUGCUACAACAACGUUCAGUGCUUGAACUCUUUCUGUUGGUGUGUAGAUAGCAGUGGCUACGAAAUACUCAACACAAGGAUCAAAGGAAGACCUGUAUGUGGGAAAAGAUCAAUGCUAUCGCCAUGCCAAAUCGAAAGACAACGAGCACAAGGAUGGUCCGGCAUGAGCAAUGGAAUGUUUGUACCAAAAUGUUUAUAUAACGGCGCUUAUGACUCAGUACAAUGCCAUGGCAACGGGUGUUGGUGUUCCGAUAAGUAUGGUUACGAACUUCCUAUUUCAAGAGUUGCUGCCAACGUCAAACCAGACUGCACAAAGCUUCCAAGAAACUUUACGAAAUGCAUCAGAGAACGUCAACGUAUUUUAGGCAUCAAUGGGUUUCCUGUGCCUCCGGGAGUGUUCGUACCCAUAUGUAAAGAGGACGGCAGUUUCUUACCCACUCAAUGCAGUAUGUCCACUGGAUACUGCUGGUGCGUGGAUGCUAAUGGUAACCCAAUAUACGGAACACAAGUGAGAGAUCAACAACCGGUUUGCAAGGAUAAACGUGGUCCAACCAAAUGCCAAAAAGAACGCGAAUUAGCGCGAGGACCAUCAGACAUUGUUUCGCCAGAUGCUUUCGUACCACAGUGUGGCGCAAAGGGAGCGUACAAAAAGAAGCAGUGCCAGACGUCUAUAGGAGAAUGUUGGUGUGUCGAUAGAUUUGGAUCUGAAGAGGCUGGUACUCGCAGUCGAGGGACAAAACUGUGGUGUGAUCGGCCAGCUGGUCUAAGUCGUUGUAUGAAGGAGCGACGACGUGCGUUAGGCUUCACCGGUCAAGUCAUCAGGAACAGAUUCAGUCCAAGCUGUAAGCCUGAUGGUUCCUAUAAAGAAGUACAAUGCAGUAAGAAGAACUACUGUUGGUGUGUCAAUCGGGACGGUGUAGAAGUACUGGGAACGAGAACUAAAGGACGUCCGCGCUGCUUCUCACCAUCAGCUGUUCUAACGCCUUGCCAAAAAGAACAACGAGCAGCAUUGGGUUUUGAUGGAUCUCCAGUCGUUGGUGGCUACAUACCUGAAUGCGACAACAAUGGAAACUACAAGCCUAUCCAAUGUCACAAACAGAAUGGACAGUGCUGGUGCGUUGACCAGUUUGGUAAAGAGAUUGACGACAGUCGUAUGAAAGGAAGGCCUAAGCACUGCGAUAGACAACAAAUAGCGUCCAUCACCCAAUGUCAACAAGAACGUCAGCGAGCGAUGGCAGAAGGAAUGAGUGGACACUUUGUACCAAAUUGUGAAGACGACGGCAGUUACUUUCUGCAGCAGUGCUUUCCCAAGUAUGGCGUCUGCUGGUGUGUUGAUAGCAAUGGUAACAUUCUUCAUGGAACGAAGGUCCGUGGAAGUGCAACAUGUCCACCAGAAGACCCCAAGGCCACAGUUUGUUUGCAUCAGAGAAACGUGGCUUUGAAAGCAGCCGGUCAUCAACGUACUGGACUCUACAUUCCAACAUGUGACGAUCAAGGGGGGUACACACGAAUACAGUGUCAUUCGAGCUCAGGAUUUUGCUGGUGUGUGAACCGUUACGGUCGAGAAUGGCCUGGAACUAGGCAACGUGGUGGAAGACCCGCUUGUGAUAACACUGCUGGUCUGACACCAUGUCAAAAGCAGCGCUACAACUCUUACGCAGCAAACAAUAAGCAGUCAUCAUUCAACUUUGUACCAACAUGUGACGACAAGGGCGGAUAUAAUACCGUUCAGUGUUUGUCUCAAACGUGUUGGUGCGUCGAUAAAGACAACCAGGAAAUCCGUGGAACAAGAACGAGAGGACGUCGACCUAUCUGUCGAAAAACAGGCUACAAUACAAACUGCCAAAGAGAGCGCCACCGUGCCUUAGGAUGGACUGGCCUCAAGGUCAGUCAAUUCUGGAUCGCUGAGUGCGCACCCGAUGGUUCUUACGAAGGUGUCCAGUGUCAUUCAUCUGGUCAAUGCUGGUGCGUCGACAGAUAUGGCCGCGAACUACUGGGAACCAGAGUAAAGGGAAAGAGAAAUUGUGAAAAUUUCAGAGGUGGUGUUUCUCCAUGCUUGGAAGAUCAAAGCUACGCCCUUGCUUGGUACGUUGCCAACAAAAUCAGCCAGUUUACACCACGUUGCAAACCUGACGGUAGCUUUGAGCCUGUUCAGUGUGAUCCCUCAACUGGCUAUUGUUGGUGUGUCGAUAAAAUGGGAAAUGAACUUUGGGGAACAAGAAAGCGAGCAAAACCAGACUGCAGCAAAGCAGGUAAAACGACGACAUGUCAGAAAGAAAGCGAAGAAGCAAAGUCAAGUCGUCGCUUCGUUCCGUUGUGCAACGCUUAUGGCGGCUAUAGGAAAGUACAGUGCAACAAACAGGGAUACUGCUGGUGUGUAGAUCGAUACGGCAAUGAAUUACCAAGAACUAAAGUCAAAGGAGUUCCACGAUGCCAUGAAACUGAUGGACUUACACCAUGCCAGAAAGAACGGUUCCUCACUUUGUCAUGGACAGGAAAAGGAUUACCUGGUCGUGUCGUUCCUAAAUGUGACAGCGAGGGAUGGUACCUUCCACAGCAGUGUGAAUCAUAUUCUGGGUAUUGCUGGUGUGUAGACAAUGAUGGAAAAGAAAUACCAAGGACACAGGUUAAGGGAAGAGAAAAGGCACAUUGCACACAUCCAGACCAACUCACUGAAUGCCAGAAAGAAAGGUACCGUUCACUACCCUGGCCAGGGCACUUUAUACCAAAAUGCGACAAAGAUGGCCAGUAUAUUCCAAGGCAGUGCCAUGAUGGACAGUGUUGGUGUGUGACAUCUUAUGGACAUGAAGUACAUGGUACAAGAUCUAAUGCACAAGCAAGCUGUACACAAACGCCUUCACCAGGUUAUUUGACAAAAUGCCAAAAAGAACACAAAGAUUCAUUGAGGGAGCCAUUUGAACCAGUUGUUGGUAGAUUUGUACCCAAAUGUGACAAAAAUGGAGGCUAUAAACACAUUCAAUGUCAUUCUGGAAGACCACAGUGCUGGUGUGUUAACAAUUAUGGAAAAGAAAUCCCAAACACAAUGACUACUGGAAAACCAAACUGUGGCCAUAGUGCUGGUCUAUCACUUUGUCAAAAGGAGCGUCAGAUUGCAGUUGGCUGGACUGGUGUAGCUAAAGUUGGACAGUUUGUCCCCAAAUGUGAAACAAGUGGCAAAUAUAGUUUAGUACAGUGUCAUGGAUCUUCUGGUUUCUGCUGGUGUGUUGAUAAACAGGGUCGAGAAAUUCCAGGAACAAAGACCAGAGGGCCACGGCCUGUUUGUGCAUUGUUAGAUUCUCUAACCAGAUGUCAACAAGAACGCCAAAGAGCCCUUGGUGUAUUGGGUGUGGCUCCACCAGGUCGUUUUGCACCCAUGUGUACCCCUACAGGAGAGUAUGAAAAGGUGCAGUGUCAUUCCUCAACUGGUUUCUGUUGGUGUGUUGAUAAGUUUGGUCGUGAGGUUCCACUCACAAGGGCUAAAGGACGUAUUGUCUGCAAUGUUGUAGGUACAAUAUCAGCAUGUACUCUUGAACGUGAGCGUAUGAUUGCAUCAUCUAUCAGAGACUAUCCCAUACCAUCGUGCAACAAAAAAGGCAACUACAACCGCAAACAAUGCUCGUAUGCAUGGGGUGUGAGAUGUUGGUGUGCAGAUAAAAAUGGCAAUGAAAUCGCUGGAACAGUAGCAAACAAUGAUARAAUCACGUGCACUGACGAUGAUAUAAAAGGCAAGCCCACCAAAUGCCAGAAAGAACGAGAUGAUAAGUUGAACUUCAAGGCAGGCGAUUCAUCAGUUGUGAGAUUCAUCCCAUCAUGCCUUGAUGAUGGAAGCUACUCUAGUGUCCAGUGCUCUAUGGCAACAGGCGAAUGCUGGUGUGUUUUUAAGAGUGGCCUGGAAAUCCCAAAAACAAGGACAUAUGGAAUGCCAGAGUGUGGAAGAGAAGCUGGCCUGACAGCAUGCCGUAAAGAAAAUAUAAUGGCACGUGAUAAAAUGGGACUUCAGCUUAGAGGUCGAUACCUUGCUGCCUGUGAUACAAAUGGAAAGUAUAAGAAAGUCCAGUGCUACUCUUCUACAUGUUGGUGUGCUGAUGAGUUUGGCCAGGAAAUCCCCAAUUCCAGGGUAAAUGGAAGGCCAAAUUGUGGUAUUGCAGGAGGUUCUCUCACUACUUGUCAAAGACAAAGGAAGACAGCGCUACAGAACUCUGCACAAGGGCAGUUCAUACCACAGUGUGAACCAGAUGGAUCGUUUUCACGAGUACAGUGUGAAGGAAUGAUGUGCUACUGUGUUGACAAGAKAGGUGUUGAAAUACGUGGAACAAGGGUCAGUCUUCCAGCAUCAGCUAACUGUCAGGUGGCUGUUAGGAAAAGUCCUCGUGAUGAAAACCUGACGCCAUGCCAGAUAGAGUAUCGUCAAGCAACAAGAAACUAUGCAUAUAACAAGUUUGUUCCUCUAUGCAAACCUGAUGGCCGCUAUGAAGAGGUGCAGUGUGGACCUGGUUGGACUCACUGCUGGUGUGUGGACAUCAGUGGAAGAGAGUUAUCUGGAACAAGAAUAAAGGGACUUCCAACAUGCAAACCACAUCGUGCUGCAGAUGUUGUCUUCUUAGUUGAUUCCAGUAGUUUCAGUGAUGACAAACCCUCAUUCCAAUACCUUCUGAAAUUCUCGAAGGACCUUGUUGACAAGCUUGAUGUCUCACCUCGAGGAGUUCAUGUUGGCCAUGUUGUGUUUGCUGAUAAGCCUAAAAAGAUCUUUGGAUUAAAUACACUGAAAUCUAAUGAAAUAAAUGCUAAAGCUGUCAAAAAGUUGAUUGAUAGUACUAAGCCAGAACUAGGUCAACCCAGAAUUGAUCUKGCUUUGAAGAUGGCCAACAAACAACUCUUGACACUUGAAGGUGGAGCAAGGAAUGGUGCUCCAAAGUUCCUAGUACUCCUAACAACUGACACCAGAUUAGUGAGCGAUCAACUYAAACAYAAAGCAGCAGCCCAGCCUCUUAAAGACAGGGGGAUCAAYAUAUUUGUCAUUGGAACAGCCCAUAAAACAAGACCACAGGAUCUUAAAGACCUUGCUAGUCACCCAGCAAACAUUUAUACCAUACCUCAUGGCGGCGUUAAAAUGGCUGARGGCCUUAUUCCAGUAUCUGAAAACCUUGCUGAUGUGAUUAAGGGUUAUAUUAAAGAUCCACGCAAGAAAACUGGUCAUCCAAGGGGUGCAGAUAUUGGAAUUUUAAUUGGAGCCUCCCCAUCAACCACACCCAAGAGAUGGACUCAGAUGUUAAACYUUGCAAACAACAUUGUUGACAGUUACAAAGUAUCUCCUCGUGAUACUCACUUUGGAGUCAUUUCCUUUGAUAAGACCSCUAAAGUACGAGUCCGUUUUAACUCRUUCUCUGGACGGCAAUUGAAUAAAGAAAACAUCCARAAAAGCAUCAAAAAUAUUCCUUAUGUUAAAUCRACGGGCACWAGGAUUGAUAAGGCCUUGCAGCUUGCAGCAAGCUUCUUGUUUAGGGAGGAGAAUGGAAUGAGAGAAUCAGCACCAAAGUACCUUUUAGUGCUCACUGAUGGCGACCAAACCAACAAAAAUGAUCCUUCAUUUAUUCCCCUGAGUCGUGCUUCUAAGAAUGUCCAGGAUCGAGGUGUACUAGCAAUAAUGGCAGUAGCUACAAGACCACAAGCUGAUACAAACAUGAAUGAUCUUMGAGCUGUUGCUUCCAAGGAUAGAUAUGCUUAUGCAUACAGUCUAAAUCGGGCUCCAAUUCUUAUACCAUCUAUUGUGAAUCAAUGGAAAUUCAUCAGGAGAGACCARAUGUUCCCAGUUGAUAUUGGAGUGCUUAUUGGCUCAUCACCAAAGACCACCAAGGCMAGCUGGAAGGCUACUGUCAAAUUUGCCUCCAGACUUGUGAACCGUUUUGAAAUAUCACCUCGUGGAGCGCACGUAGGUGUUAUCACGUUUAACGAACAACCACGCAUUGCAUUCUCCUUCAAUACCUUGAAAGGCUUCCGUCAGAAUGGCUAUGAAGUCCAACGGCUCAUCCACACUCUUCCAUAUAAACCAGGUUUUACUAGAAUUGAUAGGGCUUUAGAGCUCGCCAACUCGUACUUGUUCACUGCUAAAGGUGGCGCAAGAAAAGAUGCUGCCAAGAUCCUCCUUGUAAUUGUCGAUGGACCACAAACACGAGAUCGUGGUCCUUACACAGCCUUAGCAACAGUUGCCCAGCAACUCAAAGCUAAGGAUAUUCAGACCUAUUCGCUUGGAAUUGGCCCACGUGCUAAUGAUCAAGAUCUUAAAGACAUAGCCUCAAGCCCAAACAACAUGUACAAGUCCACAGUGAACGCACUUCCAAAUGUUAGAAUGAGAAUUGGUGAAGCUUGGCUAAAGUAUUUGAGAGAUCGAUGGCUACCUGCAGAUAUUGGAUUCGUUGUUGAUGGCUCUGAUAACAUCCAGCCAGAACGCUUCCAACAAAUAAUCCAAUUCAUAAAACGAACUAUUAGUCAAUCRUUCCAUGUAUCUCCAUGGGGAACACAUUUUAGCAUGAUCACCUUUGGUAACAAGCCUAAAGUGAAUUUGUACUUUAACACUCUACGAGGUGACRAUCUCAAUACAGAURGAGUGAUUGGCUUGGUUGGUAAUGCACGUCCAGUUGGUGGUGAACCAAGACUGGGAUUAGCCCUGAAAAUGGCCAACAAAGAAGUGUUUACAGAAGCUAAUGGGAUGAGGAAAGCAGCAGUGAAGUAUCUUGUCGUCAUAACAACCAGUCCACAAUCACGCUACCAAGGAUUUAUACCAGUAACUACAGCAACCCAGGGCCUCAAAGACAAAAAUGUCCAAAUUUAUGCAAUUGGMCUGGGACCAAACGUGAAUAACCGUGAACUUAAUGACAUUGCAUCACGKCCAAAUAAUGUAUACAGAGUACCUUAUGGUGAGCUUCCCCAGUUUGGCAACCGUCUGUAUCAGGCUUGGAGAACCUAUCCACGUUCCCCAGACAAUAUGCGAGCUGCCGACAUUGGAUUCCUUAUUGGAGCCCCAAAAGGCUCCCCYGAAUGGAAGUACUUUAUAGACUAUGCCAAGCGUGUUGUGGACUCAUUUGAUGUGUCUGCCAAAGGGGUCCAUAUUGGUGCUAUGACGUUUGCUGACCAACCAAGACUUGGUUUUAGGUUUAAUACGUGGCGUGGGCCACGAUACACACGUGCUAAUGUAAAGGGUUCCCUUUCACGUUUGGUACCAGGUGUUGGGAAGCUUGAAAUUACACGUGCGUUAGCAGCUGCCAGGAGACAACUUUUUGACAAGAAUGGUGGAAUGAGACCUCAAGUACCAAAAAUGUUGGUAGUGAUUGUGAAUGAUAAGUUGACGGAAAAGCGCCCAGGAGCCAAAACUCUCGAAGCUGCAGCCAAGCCCUUAAAUAAGCUAGGAGUGAACAUCCUAGCAGUUGGCACCAAACCUAAGGCUAGUCGCCGACAGCUUGAUGAAAUAGCUUCAASUAAAGACGAUGUGUUUUACAUGGAAGCUCAGCGUUUGCCUGAACGAGCUCAUCAAGUCAUUAACAAACAGUAUGACGUUAUCAGAGAGAAACACAARCCAACAAGUGAUCUUUGGACAAGGUGCCAGAAACAAUACCACAAUUCACUCAAGAAGCAUGUCUAUGGAAGCUAUGUACCACGAUGUCGUCCCAGUGGAGAGUAUGAACCUAUUCAAUGUCAUAGCUCUAUCUGCUUCUGUGUCAACAAUGAGGGAGUUGAAAUUGCAGGAACUAGAAAACCUUACUUUGCACCACCAACAUGUGAACAAGCAGCACAUCGUCCAACUCCAUGCCAAAAGGGGUAUAGACAAGUGAAGGCAAACCAACUUGGAGUAUCUCAUCCUCGUUGUUGGAAGGAUGGCAGUUUUAAAGAUGUACAAUGUAAUCCUACUGGAUAUUGUUGGUGUGUGGGUAAAAAUGGCAAAGAAAGAGCUGGUACUCGUGCAAGGGGAUGGCCAUCAUGCGCAGUGAGAGGUCGUCCACUGACGCAGUGUGAACAGCAAUACCAGCAAUCUCUAACAACCAAGAACUUCGGUUCAUUUGUUCCUCAAUGCAAACCAAAUGGGCAGUACAAACCAAUGCAGUGUUAUCUUGGUAGCUGUUUCUGUGUGGAUCAACUUGGGAAUGAGAUUGAAGGGUCUUCGAGAAGACUUCCAAUCUUGCCUUCCUGUAGAGAACCAGGUCAACCACUGUCCCUUUGUCAGAAACAGUAUGAAAUGGCCCUGCARAAGCACGUUGUUGGUCGUAGAAUUCCAAUGUGCCGUCCAGAUGGUAGCUACGAACCUGUCCAGUGUGGCCGUGGWUGGGACUGUUGGUGUGUAGAUGAAGAAGGAAGGGAAGUUCCAGGAAGUCGAACACAAGGCUGGCCAGAUUGUGGAGUGACUGGUUGGAAACCUUCAGAUUGCCAACUUCACCUCCAGAAAUCACUGUCCAACCUUCUACCUGGACGGUUUGUACCACAAUGUUUGCCUUCUGGAGAAUACAAUGAUGUUCAGUGCUUUGGACCUGUGUGCCUCUGUGUUGACAAUUUUGGUGUUGAGGUCCCUGGUACUCUUAGACCAAGGUUUGAUGAUUUGGACUGCAGACCAUUAGGAUGGAGAUUGACAAGAUGYCAGCGUCAGUACCUCAUGGCUACUGCACGUUAUGCAAUUGGUGGCUUUGUUCCAACCUGUCUGGAAGAUGGUUCCUACCACCCUGUCCAGUGUACCGCAUCUGUGUGCAUGUGUGUGGAUGGCUAUGGUAUUGAAAUACCAAAUACGCGAAAACACGUGUCUGAAAUACCAGAUUGUGAAAAAGUUAAACCUCCAAAAACCACCUGUCAAGAACAAYAUGAUGUGGCUAUCAAAGACCAUCUUCCUGGUCGCUUCAUACCAAGAUGUCAACCCGAUGGACARUAUGAACAUGUKCAAUGUGAUGGCUACUCAUGCUACUGCGUUGAUCAAAAUGGAGUUGAAAUUGGUGGAACUAGAACGUCACGACCUCGUAGGCCUAAUUGCUAUGGACCUCGACCAACUCCCUGUCAUAAAGCAUAUGUGAAGGCUGUAGAGCAGUACCAACGAGGAAGGUUCAUCCCAAGAUGUACACGAGAUGGAGAGUAUAAGCCAGUUCAGCUGCAAGGAGAUGACAGCUUCUGUGUUGACGCAAGUGGUGUUGAGAUAUCUGGAACAAGAGUAAAGMGACCUUUCAGACCAAACUGUGAGGUUCCAAGUAAUCAGUUACGUCCAGGUGUAUGUCCAUUACCAUGGAAAGGUCUUGAUGGUAUCUGUGAUAGGCGUGGGGACAUGUGCGGGCGUGAUAUCAACUGUAAGAGAGGCUUUAAGUGCUGCUUCAAUGGMUGUCAGAAGGAGUGUAUUUCUGGUGAUCCAUCUUACAAAUAUGGUGGUCCAUGUGACAAAUACAUUGAUGUUGUACUAAUCCUGGACUCMUCUGGCUCUGUYGGACGAAGGAACUGGGUACUACUCAUCAGUUUCGCCCAAGCCCUUGUCGAUGUACUCUCUGUCUCACCACAGGGCUCCCACAUGGCUGUUAUUGCUUAUAGCACAAAGCCUAAAUUAGUCUUUAAUUUCAAAUCAUCAAGUGGGUCGUAUUACACAGCUGCUGAGGCCAAGAGGCUUCUGGGAGAGAUGAAAUGGCAAAGAGGAUAUACAUWUAUCGAUAGGGCUUUGAAAUUCGCAGAAGAUAAUGUGUUUGUUGAAAGUGCUGGAAUGAGAAAGUCAAUGAAAAAGGCAAUGAUCGUUCUCACCGAUGGCAAACAAACCACAAAAGGACAAAUUACUCCACUCGAUGUUGCAGCAGCUCCUUUUAAAGCUAUGAAUGUCAAAAUAUAUGCUGUAGGUGUWGGCAAAAAGGUUAAUAGAAAUGAACUUCUAAGCAUGGCUUCCUCACCUGAGAAUGUACUUAUAGCAGCAUCCUUCAARCAUCUGGAUGCAAAAGUUUAUGCCCUUCGUGCUGCUGCUGGAUGCAAAACAACACCUGCGCCAACAACAACAGCACGUACAACAUCUCCAGCAUCAACAGCAGCUCCAACAACAACUCCAACACCAUCGCCAUGUGAACGUCACCACCACCAACCACACCAGCCACUACAACACCACCAACCAAACCAGAUCCAUGCAAGACACACCAGUGCAUAGACCCRUAUGCACGAUGUAUAAUUGUAGAGAAUCAACCAACGUGUGUGUGCCAGGGCUGUCCUACYUUCUCUAGUCCUGUUUGUGGAUCUGAYGGAAAAACKUACCUGAAUGAAUGCGUACUGAAGUCAUCUGCCUGCAAAGAAAAGAAAAUGAUAAGAGUCGUUAGCAAAGGACCAUGUGUGAAAACAGAGACAACAACACUGGUUCCUACCACCCCAACGACCGAAGGACCAACGGCAGYACCAGGUGCGAUAGAUAUUGGUAUUCUAUUGGAUUCAUCACCUGAUUUACCAGUCAAUGACUGGACAAGUCUAAAAGACUUCACCAAAGAAUUUGUCAAAAGAUUCCCUAAGAUAUCACCUGCACCGGAUGGAACYCGAGUUGGUCUGAUUACAUAUGCCAAUGAACCGACUGUUCAGUUCAAUUUCCGAACCCUAGCUGGCUCCAAAUUGAACCCAACUGGUGUCCAGGAAUUAGUUGACAAGAUACCUCAAGGGAAAGGAACUAAAAGACGAACGGAAAAAGCUAUAACGCUUGCAGAAACUGAUUUAUUUAGCYCAAAGGGUGGAGCUCGAAAGGGUGCAAAACAGUAUAUUCUUCUAGUGAUGACAGGYCCAACGUCUUAUGAACCAGAUGGCCCGCACAGACCUGCAUAUUUAGCUGCUGAAAAUCUUAAAAAAAGAGGGGUCAGAUUUUAUCCAGUUUCUGUAGGGCGUCGUAUUGAACAACCCGAAGCUCUCUCGUUUGCAGACUAUGCUGAUGACGUUACACACGUUCCAUCAUUCAGGCAAUUGAGACCAGCGGCAGCUGCCAUUGCUCCUGCCGUGAAUGAAGGGAGGCCAAGAUUCAUCGAUUUGGUUUUCGUAGUGGACACCUCGCAAGGUGUUGACUGGCCAAGGAUGAAGACAUUCAGCAAGAACGUAAUGAAAGAUUUCGAUGUGUCUGUCAGGGGUACCCAUGUAGCCUAUGUUGUAUAUGGCAGUGGUGCUGGUGUAAGAAUUGGCUUCCCUAUUAAACCUACACCCAAUUAUCCAUACAGCGCGGACUCUGUAGGAAGCCAAAUUGACAAUGUUAAACCACAAGGUGGUAUCAGAAAAGAUCUUCAAAUGGGCCUGGAGAUGGCACAGGAAGCUUUUAAACCCAACUUUGGAGGGAGGCCUAAUGCUAGAAAGGUCGUUGUUGUCUUAAGCACUGGUUCAUUGUCUCCAGAGAAUAAGCAAAACAGAGAACUCACUGCUAAGACGUUACGAGGAGAAAAUGUUAAGAUUUACAGCGUCAAUUUUGGAAGUCCAGACAAUCGACCCGAUUUGGAAAAAAUAACUGGACGACCAGAAAAUGUCUUGAUUCCAAUUGGUAUUGAUGAGGCGCCUUCGUUAGAAAGACGGCUUGUACAAACUAUCGUCUUUGCAGGACAACGUCCAUAUAUUCCAACAAGAAGACCAACAACUCAAACUGCAACUACAACAAUUGCCGCUACAACUACAACUCCUGCUACAACUCCCGCCACAACUCCUGCUACAACAACAGAAAUGAAGAGUACUACAGAAGCUUUUGUCCCUAUUCCUGCAGACCCUGGAGCAUUAGAUGUAGCAAUGGCUAUAGAUUCGUCGGAAGAUAUCAGCAACGAAGAGUGGGGGGAUAUUGUUCAGUUUGCUAAAAACUUUGUUGACCAGUUCGAUGUUAACCCCUCGUCUACUGGUGCGCGGUUUGGUGUAGUCACUUACUCGAAAGACCCAAAAGUAUACUUCAACUUUAGAAAAUUGGCAGGAUCUCAGCUAAAUCCUACUGUAGUAAAGAAACUUAUUGAGGGUAUGCCACGCCAAAAGGGAACUGAACGGCGCAUUGAUCGUGCUCUGGAACUCGUAGAUUCACGUUUGUUUGAACCUGAAGCUGGAGCUAGAAAUGGAGCYAAACCGUACCUACUAGUGCUUGCAGCGGGUCCUCAGGAUACAAAGAAACCAUUUACUCCACCAAGUCAGGUGUCACGUAAACUACAGAAGGAAGGCGUUAAGGUGUUCUCAGUAGGUGUUGGCAACAGAGCUCCCUCUAAGGAAGUCAUCGAUAUUUCCUCUGGGGCAGACUAUGCUUUGAAGCUGGACUAUCCUCAGCUUCGGACUGCUGCAGCAAAUCUUGCACCAGCAAUUAAGGAAGAACAUGGCUUCUAUCGCGAUAUUGUUUUCCUCGCUGACGCAUCAGACGAUGUAGACUGGCCUCAGGUGCAGAGUUUCUCAAAAUCAAUCGUCGAUUCAUACCUACUAGUGCUUGCAGCGGGUCCUCAGGAUACAAAGAAACCAUUUACUCCACCAAGUCAGGUGUCACGUAAACUACAGAAGGAAGGCGUUAAGGUGUUCUCAGUAGGUGUUGGCAACAGAGCUCCCUCUAAGGAAGUCAUCGAUAUUUCCUCUGGGGCAGACUAUGCUUUGAAGCUGGACUAUCCUCAGCUUCGGACUGCUGCAGCAAAUCUUGCACCAGCAAUUAAGGAAGAACAUGGCUUCUAUCGCGAUAUUGUUUUCCUCGCUGACGCAUCAGACGAUGUAGACUGGCCUCAGGUGCAGAGUUUCUCAAAAUCAAUCGUCGAUUCAUUURACAUUUCACCAAAAGGGACACACAUUGCAUAUGUCGUUUAUAGCGACGAUGCAAACAGAGUGGCAGCCUUCCCACAGGUCUUUGGGCCUGGCGUUGAAUAUAAUGCCGAAACCGCUAAAGACAUCAUUGAUGCCAUUCCGCAGAAAGGGGGUCAGGAAAAGAAUGCUUACAAAGCACUUCCACUUGUGUAUGAAACGUUUACUCCACCAUAUGGUGGUAGACCGAAGGCCAGAAAGGACUUGAUAUGGCUAUCUGGAGGUGCUUGGAAUGAUAAAGACAAUAAGAUUAUGGAAGAAAUUCAACGGCUGAAAAAACUUGGAGUCAACAUAUAUCCAUUUGGCAUUGGUAGACCUAUCAAUAGCCAACAACUAAGUUCCGUUGCAACCAAACAUGAUAAUGUUUUUGUCCCAUCCUCCUAUGGUACAUUGGAAAGAGAAAAAGACCCUCUUAUUCAAGUCAUGGCAUUUGGCGUGAGGCCUGCAAUAACUGCACCACCCCCUGGAGCCAUGGACAUUGCUAUCGUAAUUGACUCCUCCAGUGAUAUCACCAAUGACAACUGGAAGCGUAUUCUUGGAUUCGUAACAGCCUUUGUUCGCCGUUUCCCCAAAGUUUCUCCUGAUGGAACUCGCUUUGGAGUCGUUAGCUACGCAGCAGAUGCUAAGGUUCAUUUUAACUUCAAGCCUGAAAUGGAUAAGAACGAAGUUGUGAAGCGAAUAUCAGAAACCCCACGCCAAACAGGCAACAUUCGAAGAAUGGCUCCCGCAAUGGAGCUAGUUAAGUCAGACCUGUUCAGCAGUAAAGGCGGUGCACGUGUCGGGGCAAAACAGAUGCUCCUCAUGAUAAUGACUGGCCAACAACCUGUCGGGGAUAACAACCUUGCUACCGCUGCAAAAAGUCUCCGUAACGAUGGUAUCAAAAUCAAUGUAGUUGCCAUUGGACCAUCCGUUCAACCAUCUGAGGUGUUCAACAUUGUGGAUUCUAAAUCAGACUACAUUUCCUACACCCCUAAGUACGAUGGACUUGUGCCCGGUGUUUCUGAACCACUUGCUGUAGCAGCUCAGGAAGAUCGUGGAAGAUUUUAUGAUGUUGUUUUCUUGGCUGACUCCUCAUCUUCAGCAAACUUGCCAAAAACCAAAGCAUUUUCCAAGGGAUUUGUAAAGUAUUUUGAUGUUGCAGAAGACGGCACUCAYAUUGCUUAUGUUACAUUUGCCGACAAUGCCAUUCCUGGGUUUUCAUUCMMAGGAUACAAUGUACCAGGCUCAGAAUACAGCGAAGAAGACGUCUUUUCUCUCAUUGAUGCUUUACCUUCUGCAAAAGGUGACAACAGACACUUACACCUUGGCUUGAAUGAGGCCAUCAAGUCCUUCUCUGAAAAAMRRGGAGGACGACCAGAUGCCAGAAAGAUUCUUGUUAUCACUCUCAGUGGCCCUUGGCCAAGCCAAUACCAAGAUCAAAUUAACCAUGCAUUCAAAACACUAAAUGACAUGGGUGUCCRAACCUAUGUGUUUGGUGUCGGGCGCGAAGUUCAGGCACAGAAACUUUCAAAUGUAGCAACCAAAGCGUUUAAACCAAACACAUACGAAACCUUGGGAACCCAGUUAGUACCUCUUGCACGAGCUGUMAACUUCGGAGAUAAAGAGACGAAGCCGGCCCCAACAACACCUGCAGCACGGCGGCCAAGAGAUGUGGUGAUUAUUGCUGACUCUUCUAAUGACGUGAGUUGGCCGGCAAUGGUGUACUUCAUCAAGCAAGUUGUUGGAGGUGUGGGCGCUUCGCCACAAGGAACACACUAUUCAAUAAUAGCCUUUGCCAAUGGAGCCAUGGGAAUAGUGACCUUCCCAGUUGACCCGCAAUCAAUAUCUCAAUACAACGUCCCAUUGGUGCAACGAUUUAUUGACGCUGGUGCCUCUAGAAGACCAAGAGGAAGCAGGCAUGACGUGGAUGCGGCACUUCGUUUGGCACGGACUCUUUUGACUGACRAGCGAAUGGGAGCACGACCGAAUGCUCGAAAGGAUGUGCUGGUAAUCACCGGCGGAGCUUGGGGACCAACUCCAGCAGCUGCCGCAUUGAGGAAGGUAGCUCCGGUAUACGCCAUUGGAGUAAGACCAAAUGUGCAAGAAAAGCACCUGCAGCAAGUCACUGAUAAUCCUAAGCGGAACUUCCUUGUCGGGUCAUACCCUCAGCUGAGAAAUUACUGGACCAACUUCCAGAAGAACUUCGAUCAAGAGACGAAGCCGGCCCCAACAACACCUGCAGCACGGCGGCCAAGAGAUGUGGUGAUCAUUGCUGACUCUUCUAAUGACGUGAGUUGGCCGGCAAUGGUGUACUUCAUCAAGCAAGUUGUUGGAGGUGUGGGCGCUUCGCCACAAGGAACACACUAUUCAAUAAUAGCCUUUGCCAAUGGAGCCAUGGGAAUAGUGACCUUCCCAGUUGACCCGCAAUCAAUAUCUCAAUACAACGUCCCAUUGGUGCAACGAUUUAUUGACGCUGGUGCCUCUAGAAGACCAAGAGGAAGCAGGCAUGACGUGGAUGCGGCACUUCGUUUGGCACGGACUCUUUUGACUGACRAGCGAAUGGGAGCACGACCGAAUGCUCGAAAGGAUGUGCUGGUAAUCACCGGCGGAGCUUGGGGACCAACUCCAGCAGCUGCCGCAUUGAGGAAGGUAGCUCCGGUAUACGCCAUUGGAGUAAGACCAAAUGUGCAAGAAAAGCACCUGCAGCAAGUCACUGAUAAUCCUAAGCGGAACUUCCUUGUCGGGUCAUACCCUCAGCUGAGAAAUUACUGGAAAAGUUUCCAAAAUAGGUUUGGCAAAGAUCCUAGGACCUUAGAUAUSGCUUUGGUGGUCGACUCUUCUAACGAUAUCCCUAAGGAUAACUGGAAGAAGAUUACAUUUUUCCUUAAAGGAGUUGUGAGGGGAAUCAACCGAGUGUCGGCUGAYCUAAAUAGUAAUCGUUUUGGCUUGAUCAGCUAUGCUUCAAAACCKACGUUAGUCUUCAGAUUUAACACAUUACAGGGAAGCAAGCUUAGCACCGAGGCAGUGUUGGGGCUUCUUGAUAACAUACCUCGAGGGUCUGCUCCUCGUAGAAUUGAUCUCGCUCUUCAGACGGCAAGAAGUGACUUGUUUAGCGCUAAAGGCGGACAACGAACUAAAUCGUCUAAGGUUAUCCUUGUUUUGUCCACGGGAGCUCAACCAGAAGGUGUUGGUCAAAAUCCAGGAGAAGUUGCAAAAGAUCUUCGUGGUCGUGGAAUACAAUUAUAUUCUGUUGGAAUAGGGAACGAUUUCUCCAAACCUCAGGUCAUAGGGACAGCAUCCUAUCCAGGGUAUGCAUACUUCUCUUAUAACUACGAAGGAAAGAACAACCUGGGUGCCUUAUCUCAACCUCUUGCCGAUGACAUUUUGCAAGGACGAGGACAAGUGCGAGAUAUAGUUGUUGUGGUAGACUCAUCUUCAGGUGUCAACUGGAAUGCCCUCAUUGCCUUCCUAAAGCAGAUCGUUGGAGUUUUCAAUGUCUCACAACAAGGAACCCACUUUGCAUUUGUCACCUUUGCUGACAACUCCGCCAUCGCUGUCCAGUUCCCAUCGGCAGGAGCUAAGUACAACGUGCAAGUUGUACAGCAAAAUAUUGAUGGAAUGAAACGUAGCACAGGAACUGGACGUAAUGUCAAUAUGGCACUGAAGAAUACUCAGAGACUUCUAACUGAUACACGACUGGGCKCACGACCAAAUGCAAGAAACUUAUUAUCACAACGGGUAAAUGGUCUGGAAGUUCUCAAGAGUAUAUCAAAACAGCUGCAGAUGUCCGAAAACAGGCACCUAUCUAUAUAAUUGGAAUACGACCUCAGGCACAAGAACCYCAACUGCAAGAAAUAACCCAAAACCCUAAGAACAACUUCAUGAUUGGUUCAUAUCGCGAACUUCAAGGGUAUUGGAGAUGGUUGUGGCGUAUGAUUUUCUGGAAAGAUAUUCCAAGAGCUUCUGGUAAAGGAGCUUUAGAUGUGGCCCUGGUUGUCGACUCRUCACCRGAGGUCGAUCCUGAAAACUGGGCAAGAAUUAUAACUUUCCUGAAAGGUGUCGUGAGGACUAUCAACAAAGUAACUACUGAUCCGAACAGCAAUCGCUUUGGAUURAUUAGCUAUGCUUCACAACCAGCGUUAGUUUUCAAGUUCAACACAUUAGAAGGCAACAAGCUUAGCACGGAGGCAGUUGCAGGACUUCUUGAUAACUUCCCUCGAGGAUCAGGUGCUCGUCGAAUUGAUCUCGCUCUUCUGAUGGCAGGACGUGAUUUGUUUAGUAUUAAAGGCGGACAACGACCACAAUCAAGAAAGGUCGUUCUUAUGCUUCAAACCGGGAAACAACCUGAUGGUGUUGGCCAGGAACCAGGAGAAAUCGCCAAGACUCUUAAAGGACGAGGAAUAAGGCUGUAUACCAUGGGCGCUGGAAUGAUGUUCUCACGUCCUCAAGCACUUUGGUCAGCGUCCUAUGCAGACAAUGCAUACUAUACGUAUAACUAYCAAGGAAAAGAUAACCUCGCUUCGUAUUCCAAACCUCUUGGACAGGAUAUACUAAAAGAUCAAGGCAACUAUCGCGACAUUGUCAUAGUAGCAGACGUUUCCAACUCGGUUAACUGGCCUUCAAUGGYUGCCUUCAUUAAGCAAAUCAUUGGAGCAUUCGAUGUGUCAAUGAAAGGAACUCACUUCGCGUUAGUCUUAUACGCCGAUCGAUCUGCUGUUGCCUUUUCGUUCCCAAAAGCAUCUGAGCCGGAUGCGAAUUAUAACGUUAAAGCUUUACACGGGGUAGUGGAUGGGUUGAGACCCGUACGAGGAAAUGGAAGGAACAUCGGCCAGGCAUUAGGGGAUGCUCUGACUCUCUUCACUAUGCCUUUAUUCAAUUCAAGGAAGACAGCUAGAAAGGAAGUCGUCAUCAUCACARCAGGACAAUGGGCAUCCAAUGCCUGGAUAAGAACCGCAUCACAAUURCGUAAUUAUGCCACCAUAUAUGGAAUAGGUGUACGACCCCAGGCAAAGGAAGCCCAACUUCAGAAGGUGACACAGAACUACAACAAUAACUUUAUGGUUGGCUCAAUGGGYGAGCUUCAAGGGUAUUGGCAGUGGUUGUACAGAAUGGUAUAUUGGAAGGAUCUAGUACGUCCACUUGAUAUCGCGUUUGCAGUCGAUUCAUCAACAAGCAUCACUAGUGCAAACUGGGGCAAGAUCAUCCUCCUUAUUAAAAGAUUCAUAGGAGGCUUUGAGGUUUCCCAGCAGCCCUCAAGCGCGCGAUUUGGGUUCAUCUCGUUUGCGCAAAAACCCUCUGUAUAUAAAACGUUCAAUGCAUGGCGGGGYGCACAGCUUAACCAGGCAAAUGUUCUUGGUGCUGUCGAUGGCAUACCAAGGGAGACUGGUAAAGAGAGGCGAAUUGACCUCGCACUGGGUCUAGCUGGUAGUAAAAUGUUUACAACUGACGCUGGGAACAGGCCUUCAGCACGUAAGGUSUUGAUUGUUAUCAUGUCUGGAGCCCAGUCUACGAAGGUCCAUCAAAUGUUAUUACGCAAUGCCCAUAGARCAUUAUCUGGUAGCAAKAUUAACGUGUAUGGUGUUGGAGCCGGAGCACAGUUCAAUGCUAGAGAUGURUUAAGAACUGCCAGUAAGGGUGACCUUAUUUAUUUCAACUACAAAGACGAUCAGGUACCUCAGCUGGCCCCUGACAUGGCUAAGGGUGUUAAAGCAGGAACUGGACGCUACUUAGAUCUUGGCUUCCUAGUCGACUCUUCAGACCAAGCGAACUGGGCCGAAGGCCUGUCCUUUGUAAAAGCURUCGUUAAAUCUUUUGAUAUUUCCGUGCAAGGAACUCAUGUUGGAUUUAUYAGCUUUGCUAAUACCGCGAAGGUUAACUUCAACUUCGCUGAGUACCCUGCUCCUACUUCCCAGCUUAUCAGCAAUGGACUUAACGAAGUACAGCCGAUACGAGGCAACCAAAGAAGGGUUGAUCUUGCCUUCGRACAAGCCCUGAACAAUCUCUUUGUGACAGGAAAAGGAAUGAGGGCAAUGGCAAGAAAGGGUAUUAUUAUCCUCACUGGUGGACAAUGGCCACAACGUUACGCAGCUGCUUGGCAGCGUGCAUCAAAAGCACUGCUCGCGAAAAAGAUCAUCAUCUAUGCUGUCAACAUUGGUCCAGGCAGGCCCGCAAUAGAGACAGCAGUCUCAAAUCCUGCCUUUGUAUUUACUCCUGUGUCAUAUCCAGCCUUACGACGCCAGAGAGAACCUUUAGUGCAAGCUAUUGUGUUUGGAGCUCCAAAGGUUUCAGUGAAACCACUGGACGUAGCGUUCGCCGUUGACUCGUCCCAAGAUAUCUCUAGUACCAACUGGAACUUUAUUCUUCGGUUCAUGCAAGGAAUGGUCGAUGGUAUUGGUAAAGUAUCCCCCUUACCUAGCGGAACCCGAUUUGGACUUGUCAGCUAUGCAAAUGCUCCAGUACUUGGGUUUAAGUUCAACGCACUUACAGGAUCGCGGAUUAAUGCUGGUGAAGUAAAGAAAUUGAUUCAAUCUGCUCCACGACAGACAGGAAACCAGAGAAGAAUAGAUCUUGCAAUUGAAAUGGUUGCUAGGGACCUGUUUAGUAACGCUGGAGGCUCAAGACGCAACUCAAGAAAGGUACUGGUAUUACUGAUGUCUGGUUCACAAGCUCAAUCUCACAAACAAGCUUUGGCCAACGUACUGAAAUCCAAACGAGCUUACUCCACCUAUGUAGUUGGAGCCGGUCCCAAUUUCGACCAGCAAGAGACGAUCGAUACUGCUUCGUAUGCUGAUUAUAUCUUUUACAACGACCAUCCGAAGUUAGAGCAACAUGUGCAGAAAAUGAGCAAGGGCGUAAACCAAGAACGAGGGAAUCACCUUGACAUCGCUUUCCUCGUUGAUGGAUCAAACAACGUAAACUGGGCUGCAAUGCAGACCUUCACUAAACAACUCGCUAAGCGAUUCCAUAUCUCUGACUCUGGCUCACACAUUGGCUACAUCACAUACAGCAACGAUGCUGGGAUAGCCUUCCGCCUUAACGCGCUUAAAGGAGUAAAGUAUACCUAUGAAGGWAUCGCUAAACUCAUUGAUAAUGUUAAGCAUAGAAGAGGAACUGUACGAAGGGCAGGACAGGCAUUCAACGUUGCUUCUGGUCAACUGUUCACAAAGGGAAAUGGAGCGCGUGACGAUAGCAGAAAGAUAAUCAUCAUCAUUACAACUGGUGCAUGGCCUACUGACCGUCCUCUUUGGAAGACCGCAUCUGCAGCACUUCGCGAGAAGAAGAUCGAUGUGUUCGCCGUUGGUAUUGGCAAGGCCGUCCAGCUUCCUCAGCUUAAGGCUGCUGCUGGAGAACCAGGAUACGCGUUCACCGUCAAUAAUUACAACGCUUUGAAUAAAAUGGAACCUAAACUUAUCAGAACUAUAGUAUAUGGAGCUAUAAUUACUCCUAUUGAAGUCGCAAUAGCAGUGGAUUCCUCUCAGACAAUCUCCGCUCAAGACUGGCGCGCAACAUUGAAAUACGUAAGCUCGUUCAUACAAAGUGCACGGGCUCUUAAAGACAGUCUCGGCGCUUUCCGUUUCGCCCUCGUAAGCUAUGCAGCAUCUCCAAAAGUCAUAUUUACAUUCACUUCAAAAGUUCACCUAAUGAAUAAAAAGGRAACGGAAGGGUUGGUAGAUAAAACUGCACGGCAGUCGGGUCAGCCRAGGAGAAUCGAUCUUGCUUUGCAGACUGUGCAGAGAGAUGUAUUCAGCGCACGUGGCGGAUCAAGACCUGACUCUAGGAAGGUCCUAAUUGUAUUCUUUGCCGGUCCACAAGCGCAAGGACWAGGUGCAGCGUUACGUAAUAACGCAGCGUYGUUACGUAAAUCUGGAGUUGCAAUAUACACCUUGGGCGCAGGRAAGAAAUUCGUSAARCCUGAGGUUCUAUGGACYGCUUCUCACGCYGACUAUGUCUAUCAUAAGUACAAAUACGAUAGCAUCGAUGAACUAACAGAACUUAUGCCUAAGGAUAUCAAUUCAGGAAUUGGCAUUAAUUACGACAUUGGCUUCCUCGUCGAUGCAUCAAGCACGGUCCAAUGGAACCAAAUGAAAUCGUUYAUCAAAUCAGUUGCUGGYUCAUUUGACAUCUCUAACGAUGCCACACGUGUGGGAGUAAUAACCUACAGUGAUGCAGCUAACCUUGAUGUGGCAUUCAACGCUCUAAGCGGCGCUGGUUACACCAAACAAUCCUUCAAUAGACUUGUGGAUGCGCUUGCUAGACGAGGAGGACGAAAUAGACGAAUUGAUCUAGCUUUGAAACUCGCUUUACAGACAUUAUUUGUAGAAAAGAACGGUGCAAGAAGUUAUGCCAGAAAGAUCUUGAUCAUAAUCACCGCUGGUCAAUGGCAAGCUCAAUUCGCGGGAGCAUGGAAACAGACCGUUGCACAAUUACGUAAUAAUAAGUUUGACYUGUAUGCKYUGGGUGUUGGUGGAAAUACUGAUGMARGUCAGUUGGAAGGCGUUGCCACAAAAUCUGGCUAUGUAUUCCGACCGGCCUCGUACGAYGCMUUGRAUAAACAAUAUCAACAGCUCGUCCAGGUGAUCGUCUUUGGAGCGCCUGCUAGACCAUUUGACAUAGCAUUCGCUAUUGACUCCUCUCGUCAACUCACCAAUGAGCAAUGGGGCUUCAUCGUAAGAUACAUCCAAGCUUUCAUAUCCAAAUUCCCUGUUAAAAUAUCAACUGACUUCGAUGGCACUCGUUUUGGUUUUAUCAGCUAUGCAGCUCAACCCAAGGUCUAUUUCUCAUUCAAAAGUGUCCCUGAUAAUCAGAUAAGUGCAGCUGGAUAUAAUGGCCUUGUGAGCCGAGCUCCAAGACAGACUGGUUCCGCCAGGCGUAUUGACAGUGCUAUAAAGCUGGCAACGACUGAUAUGUUUACAGCGGCAGGUGGAGUUAGACCCAAUUCACGAAGGGUUUUAAUCGUGUUAUUUGCGGCACCACAAGCUACAGGACAGUAUCCUAAACCAAGUGCAGUAUCGACUCAAUUACAGAAUAGUGGUGUCCRGGUGUAUACUGUCGGUGUUGGUCGAUCGUUYRUUCAACCUCAAGUGCUUUGGACAGCMUCUCAUGCUGAUUACGUUUCUUACAAAUACAACUAUCGAGAUAUACCAAAUACUGCUGAAAAAUCGGCUAUUKCUGUCAGUAAAGGGCGUGGCUACCCUCUGGAUCUUGGAUUUAUCGUUGAUUCAUCAGCAGGCGCCAACUGGGCACAGAUGCAACGCUACUCGAAAGCUAUUGUUAACUCGUUUGAUGUCUCAUCUAUUGGUACACAUAUUGGUUACAUUACAUACAGCGAUAGAGCACUGAUGGCGUUUAAAUUUAACGCUCUUCAAGGAGCUGGAUACACAGCCAAGGGGGUUAACACACUCAUUGAUGGUGUGAGAUAUAUGAGGGGGAGAGGAAGGAAUGUCCACAAUGCAUUGCAGGUUGCUCAGAAUCAGUUAUACACAUCACAAAAUGGGGCGCGGUCUGAGGCAAGAAAGGUUAUCAUCGUCAUCACUUCUGGUUUAUGGCCAAAUCGCUUUGCCGGGACGUGGAGAAACAUCGCUGCAAACCUAAAACGUCAGAACUUCGAUAUUUACGUCAUCGGCGUCGGAACUUCAGUCGCCAAACCACAGCUACAAGAUGUCUCAUCUCAGUCAGGAUACUUCUUCACCUAUGCAAAUUACCCGUCAUUCUACACGGGCUAUCGCGAGGUUGUGCAAGUCAUAAUAUUUGGAAGAGAGGUAUGUUACGCAAACAACUGCGCAAAGACCCAUCCYUACUCUACRUGUAAAAACGUKGACGGCAAAGCUAYGUGCGUCUGUCCCACGGUCUGCGCGCAAGUCCGAAAGCCUGUGUGCGGUUCAGAUGGCAAACCGUACGCCAAYGAAUGUGAAAUGAGGGCUGCUUCGUGUAAGAAUAGGAAAAUGAUAACUAAGAAAAAAGACGGACCGUGUGAUGUAUGUGCUGGUUUCAAAUGUCCAAACGCUCUAGCCACUUGUAAGGAUGUUGGCGGUAAAGCAACCUGYGUAUGCUCAAUUACCUGCCCUAAAACAAMKUCUCUGGUUUGUGGAUCUGACGGAAAAACKUAUAACAAUCCAUGCGAGUUGAGAAAGGCAUCGUGUGAACAGAAUAAGAGGUUGACUGUCAGAAAGAGAGGAACUUGUGAAUGCAAAGUUGGCCUCGAUGCAGCCUUCCUCAUUGAUUCAUCUGGUAGUCUCGGCCGAAGGAACUGGAAACGCUUACUCAAUUUUGUCAGUGCUUUAAUAUCAAAGCUCAACGUCGGCCCACAAAAGACCCAURUCGCAUCUCUUCGUUAUAGUACGCGCAUUGAGAUAGAUCUUCAUUUUAAUACGUUAAAAGGCAACCAAAUCACAGCCGCGGAAUAUGCAAAGAGAAUUAAGGGUUUGCGAUGGCAGCGUGGUUAUACGUUUAUUGAUAAGGCCUUGUUGGCGGCUGCACAACAAAUGUUUGUACCUAACCGUGGAAUGAGAGCCAACGUGAAAAAGGUUGCGUUCAUGAUCACCGACGGUAAACAGACCCGAGUCGUUCGAGGACGACCCGUGAAGUACACACGACUGAGGGUGGCCUCGCAACAGUUAAAGAAUAAGGGAGUACGAGUGUAUUCUAUGGGUAUCGGAAAACCUGGUAAAGUUAUCGAUCAAGAACUGAGGGAUGUAGCCUCCAAACCACAAUAUAUAUACAAGGCAGUUAGUUUUAGAGCUCUCGUACCGAAGAUUGAUGGUAUAAUACGAGGUCUAUGCGAAGACUAAUCUACAACGAAAGUUACGAAACCACAAAAACAGCAAUGCAAAUUAUUGUAUCGCAAAUAUUUCUAAAAAAAUAACUAGUUUUUGCUGUGAAGAUAAUUCGACGCUCAAAUAUGCUUUAAAUAACGCAAAAACAGAAUAAAAAGGCUGGAGUUAUAUUCAAAGCAACAACUGCUGGCCAAGAUAAGAUUACAAGAUGAGAAAGUGGAAAGUGACGGCAGAAAAAUGCUAUAAAUUCGAUAUAUGUCACUUAAUCUAAUCGCACUAUAUUGUUAUCUAUAAUGAGAUCUAUAUCAUAUAACGCAGUUUUCGCAGUCUAGAGCUUAUGUAGUUAGUAAAUAACUAAGAAAUAUCGCAUAUUCUGCUUAUUACUAAAAUACGUUAAUAAACUGCUAGCUUUAUAA